AUGGACGCAUUUAUGCCCUUCGAUGUCAACUCGGAGGCAAUAGAAGCUGUUGACUGGUCGAAGACUCCCAUCGGACCGCGCGAAUCCUGGUCUCCAGCGCUCAAAUGCCUCGUCAACUCCUGUGUCUUACCGAUGACCCACUGCUGCGCCAUCUUCUGGGGUAGUGAGCUCACGGUCGUAGCGAACACGGCAUGGACCAAAGCGCGAGGUGAAUUGGGCGGGCAGGGCACAAGCGCACUACGCAGCUACACAGCAGAGGCACUUAGCAUUUUGCAGCGAGUAGUGCGCGGCACAACCGUCAAGGUAGACGCAACAUUCUUCCUACAAAAGAUCAGCGAUGAGGACUCCGAGUCACAGAUCCUCCUCAGCACCCUUCUUGACUCCAAGGGAAGCCGACAAGGGGUGCUCGCACAACUCAUGCAGAACAACAUAGUAGAACAAUAUACGGCAUUUGAAGGUCUCGACAAGUUAGCACACCGAAAUCCAGCCAAGAACGACAAGAAAUACGGCAGCGACAAACCAGAUGGACGAAGCAACGAUAGGCAGAAGGAUUCGAUGCAAACACAACUAUUCCAAAGAUUUGCCGAGCUACUGCCAAACGGGCUUGCGAUUCUCGAUAAAGAGCUUGAGGCCAUUUUCGUCAACGAUGGCUUCUUCAGACUUACGACGAACAAGAUGGCGAACGAGUUCCGCGCUUGGCCCGAGAGUAUACAUCCCAACGACUAUGAUAGAGUGAUGGCCGCUUACCGCAAAGCCUUCUCACGUCGGGAAGACCUUAGGAUCGAAUUUCGAUGCACAAGCGAAGCUACAGGUGAAGAGGGAGAGUGGAGGCUGUUCUUGUUCAGACCACUUAACGAAGACCCCGAGGCCGGCUUCAUCUGUGCAGUUGUUGACAUUACUGAAAUCAAACAAGCAGAACUAGCUCAAGAGAAGGCCGCUACCGAGGCACAGGAAAGGAAAGAGCAACAGGAACGAUUCAUUGAUAUGGUGUCACACGAAAUUCGCAACCCACUCAGCGCUGUCAUGCAUCUAGCGGAAGAAGUCAAGGACGUUACGCGCGAAAUCGGCUUUGGACACGAAGACAUCAAGGAUCAGGUAGCGGACAUCAUGGAUGCUGCUGACACGAUAUUACUUUGCGUCUUACAUCAAAACACCCUCGUGGACGACAUACUCUCUUUCUCAAAACUAGACUCCAUGAUGCUAUCCUUAGUGCCCCGCGUGGUGCGACCCAAAUGGGAAUUUUCACAGGCAUUAAAGGUCUUCCAGUCCGAGUUCAAAGCGAAGAGUAUCAAGUUCCACUAUGCCAUGGACAUUUCGUACGAUGACCAAGAAGUCAAUCAUGUCAUUGCAGAUCUCAACAGGAUGAAGCAAGUGUUGGUCAAUCUGAUAACAAACGCCAUCAAGUUUACAUCCAGGAAGAAGGGCGAGAGGAAAAUCACAGUCUCUAUGGGCGCUUCCAUGGAACGUCCAACUUCGUAUCCACCGAACAUCAUAUAUUUCGGCCAAGACAAGGAAACGUUUCACAUCGACUCAACCAAGUCAUCCGAGUGGGGCAACGGCGACGCCUUCUACCUUAUGGUGGCUGUUAAGGAUUCAGGUAUCGGCAUAAGCAACGAGGACCAAACGAAGCUUUUCGAGAGGUUCAGGCAAGCAACACCUAAAACCCAAGAGAAAUACGGCGGCUCUGGACUCGGCCUUUUCAUCUCUCGCAAAUUGUGCCAGCUGCACGGAGGUGACAUCGGUGUGAGCUCCAAGGAGGGCGAUGGCUCCACUUUUGGUUUCUUCUUCAAAGUCCGGCGAUCUGACGGGUCUAGCAGCGAGGAAGGACGGCCACCGUUCUCAUCUCGUUCCAACUCUGAGAAUCCAUCAACUCCGAACCAACGUGCUCAAACACCGCGGCCAGGCUGCGGUCGCGUAAAUUCGAACCUCCAAGAUAUCAAAGAAAGGACGAACGAACUAGGCAGAAAAGAAAUCAAGCUGGAAGCCAGAGAAAGUGAAUCGGAGAGCAAAUCUAAGAAAAGCGAUACCAACAAUAAUCGCAAACGUCAAGGGCUGGAACCAUUAACAAGUCAUUCAGGCGUGGACACUGAUAAUGUCGACCCAUCACUGAAAAAUCCGCCUACAGAGUACUUCUCCGAAGCUCACCCUGAAGCCAAGGAAGACGACCGCUACCAGAAUACUGAAAGUGUUGCCAAUCAAGUUAGCCCUACCUUAGAAAGACACGACGGUCGUGUACCCUAUUUUGAGUCGGGCGAGAGCGUACGCCAGGAAGCGGCAGCUGACAAAGCACACAAGGCACAAAGCUCUCGACGCUCAGAAGACAAACGUACCCUUCUCCUAGUCGAAGAUAACCUCAUCAACCAAAAGGUUCUCCGCCGCCAGUUGCAAUCCCGUGGCUUCGAAGUUUUUGUUGCCAACAAUGGACAAGAGGCUGUCGAUGCCGUCUUCGAGCGUGGGAAGACCGCUGCUAAAGACCAGCAUAAUCUGAAUUACUUCGAUUGCAUUCUCAUGGAUCAGGAGAUGCCGAUCAAAGACGGGAACCAGGCGACAACCGAGAUCAGGCAGUUGCAGGACGAGGGCAAGGCUGGAUACAGCAAGAUUCUGGGUGUCAGUGCAAAUGUGCGCGAAGCUCAGAAGAAUAGUAUGCGCGAAGCAGGGAUGGACGAUCUUAUCAGCAAGCCGUUCAAGGUGGAUGCUCUUGUCAAGAAGAUUGAUGAAUUGACGAUUGGAGGCAAGGACGGGAACGGUGGGGACGGGAAGCUGGCCGAUGAAGCCAACAAACUUAAGCAGGGUGGAGAGCUAAAGAAUGGUGGAUCGUUGAUGAAGGGAGAGAAAGAGACGGAAGAGAAGGAGAAGCGCAGGGAAGGGGACAAAGAAGGAGAGAAGCAGGGCGACAAGCACCAAAAGCAACAAGAGCGAAGAGAGGACAAGCAGACAGAAGCACGCGAAGAGAAAGGAGCGGUGGGCGAGAAGGAUAAAAGCACACAAGGGACGAAGGACAAGACCACACAGAAGUCAGAUUAG